AUGGCCCUGUUCACUUUAUUGCUUGUCCUUGCAUCUUUAUGUCACUUUGCUAGCGGAGGUGCUAUGCCUAUAGAUAUAUGUUCUAUGGUUGUUCCCGUAGCGGGACAAAAUCCUGUACGAAGACCUUCAUUACCUGUGGAAAACUGCCAAGAUCGUGAUCCGCCGGCUUGCUUCGAAAUAUUCAAGUACGGAAAUGAUGAAGAUCAAAUACCUGCAGAAAAUCUUGUGCCCACCAACGAUUAUAAAGUUCCAGAGAAUUGUCAAAAAGCUGAAUAUAGAAUGUUAGCUCGUCAAAUGUGCCCACAAAAGUGUGCCACUUGUUGCUUAACUAAGGAAUAUAACUGCCAAAAUGGUAAUUCUUUUUGGUGUAAUUUACGCCUUAUAUAUCCAUUACAAUAA